GUCCACAUAAGACGAGGUUAAGACGGAAAUUAUCAAAUUUGACCUAAGCAACCGCCUGCUACGCGUUCAACGCCCUUCCUAGUCAAAAAGUCUUACCACACUACCCGGCCUUUCAUCGUGCUUUCACAGACGUUCCGUCGAUGUCCCCAAGUCCGUUCUCUCGCCUCAUACACGACUUCCUGAUCUCCACAGUCCUCUCAUUUCUCUCAGUCAUCGGCGGGAUUCACAUCCUUCUUCAUAUCCUAAACACCUACUUUACGACCACCGCAGCCUCAGGGUCCGGCACCUUGGCCUCAAGUGUGCUGCCUCCAGCCGGCGUGUAUUUGCUCGAGACGCAUGCGCGGCACAUCAUCCAGAUUUCUGACUCACACUCUUACCUCGUCACAGUAUUUGAGAUGACCGUGGCAUGCACGGUGAUCCUCCUUGCCGUGCAUGAGGUCAUUUGGUCGGUCGGCUGCUCGUUCGGAUGGUGGUCCGGAGACAACAGUGAGCAUGACAUCAGCGCGCUGCGCUCCCUCGAGGAGGGCUUUGUGUUGCUGUGCGCAGAUUUGUGUGCUGACUCGGAGGGCGAGAAUGAGAUGAAGGAGGAGGAAGGAUCCGGCAACCACACGCACUGGGUAGCGGACGAGUCCAUGACCCGCGAGGUGCUAAUGACAAGUACAGUCAAUGGUGAAAGGCGACACAUGAUCGAUAUCCGCUUCUGCGCCUAG